AUGGCAGCUCUUCCAGCGCUGGAGAAGGAGGUGGCCGACCUGAAGCGGGUUCGCGUCUUCAAUGAGACGGUGCGCACCGGCGUCGAGCGCGUCCUGGCAAGUCUUCCGUCACCUGAGAAUGAAAAAGACACAUCCACCAAAGUUCGAAUUCUACUGCUUCGUAGCCAAGCGACCCUCUUGCUUCCACGCGUUUCGCGGGAGGCAGAGAAGGAUCUUAAUGCGGCUCUGAAGCUGCAGCCUGGCUUGGCAACGACGUGGGUCGAGCUCAGCGAGUGCCUGCUCCGUCGCAACGCCUUUAAGGAGGCCUGCGACGCACUGGAUAAUGCGCUGCGCGUAGACCCGGCGCACAUCGAGGCGUUGUGCAAGUACAGCCAAAUCCAGCGUAACCGCUGUGGUGAGGAAGGGGUGACGGCUGAGCAGCGUAAGGCGUACUUGGAGGACGCCGUGGCCAAAGCCCGUGCUGCCGUCGGCUCCAAUGUGGACGACGCAGAUGCAUGGAACACGCUGGCACUGUCACUGCUGUCAAAGGUGACACUGGAGGGUAUGACGUUCAACGGCUUGCGCAAGGCGCUGGCGGCGAUGCAGCAAGCAGAGCGGAAGUGCCCCGAGGACCCUGAUGUUCCGUACAACAAGGCCGUGCUGGAAAGCCUUCUGGGGCACUUCGGGGCCGCAGCGAUGGACUACUGGAAGGCGCACGCCCUCGACAAGGACCGCCUCAAGGGCACCCGACGCCUCUCGGAGGAAAACGCGAAGGUGCUGCUGCGUGCGCAGAGUCGCAUGAGGACGUCCAGCGGCAUUGGCAAGCGUGACUUUCAGCGGAUCUGCACCCGCAUCGAGCAGGCCCACAAAAAGUACACGCAGAGCACCUCCGCCAAGGUCGUUGGUGUAUUAGACAUAGUCACGGAGCCAACGAUGCAGCCCGUCACGCUGCUGGUGUCCGAUGGCAAGGGUGACUUUGGGCUUUUGCUCUUGCACGAGGUGCGCCCUACGUGCUUCAAGAUUGGCGACGUCAUUGCCUAUCCCGCGACGACUCCUGUCGAGACCAUCACUCACAACGUUGUUGCCUGCCCGGGAGUGGAGGAGGAACCGUUGGAGCUCACCCUGAACCAUGCGUAUCCGAACCCCAAGGGCAUACUAGUGAACGGUCAACCACUGCCCUCCUCUGCGCAUGUGCCGCUGCAGAUGUCCUCUCGCCUCUUCGCGUGA